AUGGAUCAAACCGAGGUUUACGAGACUUCCUCUGUUGAUGAUGAUUACGCACUUGCAAAUGAGCCCGAAUUGACAACGCGAGAUUCCAUAGAGGAAUUACACGUUGAUCUGGAUGCUGUUAGGGACAAGUUCGAGCGCAGUGGCGCUGUCCAUAACUGUUGUAGUGAUUUUGACGAUCGAAUCGAUCAUGGUGGUAAGGGGUUCAAGACCUAUGGUAGACAACCGUUAACUGUGAGGAUUGAUCUGCUGAAGCAGGAAUUGGACGAGCUGAUAUCAGAGAUCGACGAGACCAACGACGAGAAGGCCCAAAGUGAAAAGGAUCAGCUGAUCAGACUGUUCGAGGAGGCACAGACAAAGGUGAAGCAGAGGGGCAAGAUUGUUUUAAGCUCGUUGGACGCUGUUCAACCUGAGGUUAACGAGUGCCAUAAGAACGCAGCCGUGGACAGUGGUUCACUUGUACGUUUAGAAGACAGAAUUUCGCAGCUCGAGGGAUUAAUAGGUAAAACAGACGACUCGAGCUCCUUACAACAGCAGAUCAACCAACUGCAACGGCAUUUGCAAUUGGUAUCCAGCGAUUCGAUGCUACAGCAGAUCAUGGGCACCGUGGAGCAAGUCAACAAGAGAUUUGAGCAGAGCAUAGCACUGAGAAGAAACGUCGAGAUGGAAAUCGAAAUCCAGGAGGACGUUAAGAUACACGAAUUGUACGAAUUGGUCAUCGCUACAAAGGAUAUUCAACACCAAUUACCUCUCUUGAUCGAUAGGCUGGAGUCGCUCAAUGAGUUACAUUUCAAAACAGCAACUGCGGUGAGCACAGUCGACGAGAUGGAUGACAAGCUGAUGACACUGAGUAAGGAUCUGGACAAUUGGGAACACUGUCUAUCCCAAUUGGAGUCAAAAUUCCAGAGUAUAUGA